UUCGCUUGUAGGAAAUCAAGCAAUAAGUUGGCCAGAAGUUUGUAAAACAACCGUCGGCCGAGGAGACGAACUUGUUUCGAGCGGAAGCAGCUUGUGGCCGAGGCAGCCAGAAGCGAGCGCGUUUCUCUCGAGGCUGAGCAACACUUUUAUCUUCCCGGCUCCGGGAAACGUUAGCGAACAAGCUACAAGCCUAGCAACACGCGCGGCGCGGGCGCUGAAGAGAGCGGGGAGCCGGGUCGGUGUGGAGCCGGGUCGGUGUGGAGCCGGGUCGGUCUGGAGCCGGGUCGGUGUGGAGCCGGGUCGGUGUGGGGCUGCGGGGCUUGGUGUGCAGAGGAAGGACUGGGCGGCAACACGGCACCAGUGGCUGGGCAUGUCCUCCUCCUUGUCGUCCUCACCGUCGCCCCGGCAGCAGCAGCAGGGAUGUUGUUACGGCAGAGAAACGCCGACCGCCAGCAGCCCCGACGGCUCCGCCGACGUGUCGGACUCCGACUCGGAGAGCGAGCCCAAACUCCCACUCAACCAGUUCUACCCAUACAUUCGCUGUGCCCUCUGCUGUGGGUUCCUUAUUGAUGCCACCACCAUCACAGAGUGCCUGCAUACAUUUUGCAAAAGCUGUAUUGUGAAGCGCUUCUUUUACAGCAACAGGUGCCCCACAUGCGGCAUAGUGGUCCACCAGUCACAGCCACUCUACAAUAUCAGACCUGACAGGCAACUGCAAGAUAUUGUUUACAAAAUGGUUCCUUUCCUGGAGGAGUUGGAGAAAAAACAAAUCUGUAACUUCUACAAACAGAGAGGGCUGGAGGUGCCAAAACCAGUGAUGGUGUCCCCUAUAGGCCCAGCUGUGUUGAGGAGACAGAAGAAGGACUUGAUCCCCCAGUCCGUGUUCAGCAUUCCUCCCGAGCUGGAUGUGUCCCUGCUGCUGGAGUUUGUUGGGGCCGAAGAGGGUAUAAACGACUACAAGCCACUGGAGAGACGCUAUGUGCGUGUGUCGGGUGAAGCCACCAUCCGCCAUGUGGAGCUCUUUAUCAGGAGGAAGAUGGAACUCAGCCCCACUUGCCAGGUUGAUGUGGUUUGUGGAGACCACCUCCUUAACCAAUACCAAUCCCUCAGAGAUGUCCAGAACUCUAUGGGCGAGGAGGCACUACAGGAUGGUCUCUUAGUGCUCCACUUUGGCCUAGUCCUGCCUUCCUAGUCUCGGCCAGGAGAUGGAGAGAGGGCUAACGUUCAAAUGUAUAAGUUGCAUAUUUGGAUUUCUUUUUUCAUCAAGUGGGUUGGACAUUGUGUCCCCAUAGAUGCUUCUGUUUGUACAAACGGCCUUACUAAUACCAGACUUCAUCACAGCAUGAAGGGCUGCCACCACCUGCACACCGGUGAGAUAUGCUGCUGCUGCUGCUGCUGCUGCUGCUGCUGCUCAGUGUCAGGAUGUCUUUCGCAUGGCACACCCAAGGAUUUCCUCUGACAUGUGAGACUGACAGAGGAGCUCACAACCCUCUGAAGUCUGCCACUACAUCCGUCAAGGAGCCUGAGAAGCCAUUUCCUCUGUUCAGAAAUGAGUCAUCUUCUGUCAUCUGUAUCUGAGAACUGAAGCCGUCACUUCAUCUUCUGUUGAAACGUUACUGUGAAAUGCUUUCCAAGGGCUUGGACAAAACGACCUGUCAUUCAGCAACUACCAAAGGCUUGUGUCGUGGUAAUGGCUUUAGAUCAACACUGUGUUGGUAGAACUACAUGAUUCCUGUUGAAUUUACUGGCAUAAUUUAAGAGCCAUUAAUUUUUAUACAGACUUGCUGCUUUCUUGGAAACAUGUCCUUGUCUCAGUGUGCUGCUUGAGCAAAUGGUUGGGACUGUUAAUUAAGGAGAAUUUAUAGAUAGUCUUUGAUAGGUUUUGUUACAAAAUACCUUUCUUACAUCCAGUUGGCAAU